CAUGAGCCCCCACUGUCUCGUCCCUGUCGGCAAACCCGGUCGGCUCAAUUUAAUUUCAUUAUAAACCAUUAACAGAGCUGUCAUCCAUUUUUGUUCCAGCUGUAAAAGGUGACAUAUUAGAAACCAGCCCACCCAAACCUGCUGACAGUCUCCUUCUGCAAUGACAGAUAAAGUGAACGAGUUGGUGUCAAAGUGCCUGCAGGCCCGGGACAUGGCUUACUGUCCCUACAGCCGCUUCCCUGUCGGUGCCGCCAUUUUGACAGCAGAUGGCGCCAUAGUUACAGGCUGUAAUGUGGAGAACGCCUCAUACGGUCUGACAGUGUGCGCUGAACGGACGGCCAUCCAGAGGGCCGUGGUGGAGGGACACAGACAGUUCACUGCCAUCGCUGUGACAUGUGACAUCAAGGACCGCUUUGUUGGGCCGUGCGGAGCGUGUCGACAGGUUCUCAUGGAGUUUGGAUCAGACUGGAUUGUGUACCUGACCAAGCCAGACGGCUCCUACAAAGAAACCAGCCUCAGUGAACUGUUGCCUCUGGCAUUCUCUCCAGCUCACCUCUCCAAGAACUGAUGAAGCCUCAGCACCAUGCUUAGACAUCAUGUGUUAGUACUUUAGUCUUUUUACCUGUUAUGUUACUGAAACUGUGCCACAGCAACACUGCACGUUAGGAAAAUAAUAAAACAUUUUUGGGCUCUAAA